AUGACAUAUACUCGCCGGGGUGCAAGACUCUUAGCGGACCAGCAACGCCCCGCGCUCUCCCGAGACAUUCUCUGGCUCGUGGUCAAUGGCGUCACUCUGGUAAACGUAUAUCGGGAACCGAACGUGGACACCGCCCUCGAUGUCCUGUUCGCAUGGCCGAUUCCCAGCCAAUGUAUCAUCGCAGGCGACUUCAACGCGAGGCAUCACGCGUGGCAGAUUGGCCCCUCCCGCGGCCACGGCGGCAUCAUCGCAGAAUGGGCCGCAGAAAACGAUUUAGAUCUCCUCAAUCCGAUUAACACACCCACGAACGCCCACGGCAAUACCAUAGACCUGGCCUUCUCGAAUAUUCUCCUAGCCGAGGCGACGGUGGAGGACCACCUUGCCACGAGCUCGGACCACUUCACUCUCAGCAUCUCUCUCCCGGCUCUCAAGCCGGCAACGCUCCCGCCUGGAAAGAUUCUUCUCGCGAGCGACGAGGAGGUGAAGCGGUUCACGGAGCUGGUUGUAUCAGGGGCCACGAUUAUUCCCCAGGCAGCAACGACGGUUGUAGAUCUUGAUCGGCUCGCGGAUGCAAUUAUAGACCUGAUACAAUCCGCAGCUCGUGCGGCUGGCCGGCGAUCUCAACGUAGACCGCGGAAGGCUCCGUGGUGGAACGAGGAAUGCGCAGCGUCUGUCGCGGAGCUCCGCUGCGUCAGACGGGCAUUCCCACUCGGCUUCAAUCGUGACGUACAGCUCGCUCGUCGCGACCUGCGGCGUGUGGUGCGACGCGCGAAGCGGGCAUACUGGCGCGAACUGAUUGAUGGCGUGCGAAGCGACAAGGAUGUUUUUAAGAUCACGCGAUGGCUGAAGCGUCCUGGGGUGUUCCGCCCUCCACCUCUACAGGUCGGCGAGACAAUCAUUGAGACUCAGAUCGGCAAGGCCGAGGCCCUACGCCACGCUACUCUCGAGCGCAGAACUGCAGACGACGACAUCUCCGACCCCUGGACGCCGUCAGAAGACACCAUACCCAUUCCCUUCUCGCCCAAGGUCCCCAUUGAGGAAGUCCAGGACGCUCUGCUGCGUACAGGCAACACGUCGCCAGGAUCGGACAACAUCACGGUACGUCUGCUCCGAACGGCAUGGCCCGCUCUACGCUGCCACAUCCAACGCCUGUGUCAGGGUUGCCUGUCCCUUGGCUAUCACCCUCUGAGGUUCAAGGAGGCCGAAGUGGUCAUGAUCGAAAAGCCAGGCAAGCGUGAUCUUUCCAAGACACGUGCCUGGAGGCCAAUAUCACUGCUCUCAUGUCUUGGCAAAGGAUUUGAGAGGCUUAUCGCUCGUCGCUUGGCUUGGGCCUCGAUACGAUACGGUAUCCUGCAUCCACAGCAGAUUGGCGCCCUUCCAAAGAGGUCCGCGGUCGACCUAGUCGCCGCCCUUGUGCACGAUAUCGAAACAGCUCUGGCCAAUGGCCAAGUUGCUACGCUAGUCACAAUGGAUGUACAAGGGGCUUUUGACACCGUCAUGCGUAAUCGACUUAUCCUCCGACUCCGGCAACAAGGGUGGCCAUCGCAUCUCGUCAGAUGGGCCGGCUCCUUCAUGCAAAACCGCUCGGCCGCAAUCCGAUUCCAGGACGUCACAACGCCAGCGUCGCCUCUUCGAUGCGGCCUCGCACAAGGCUCACCUGUAUCGCCAAUCCUCUUCGCUCUGUACAUCGCCCCUAUCUACCGCCUCGGGAACUCGGAUGGUCGAUUCGGCUACGCAGAUGACACGGCAAUGCUGCGCACCGGGCGAACGCUCGAAGAAACGACAGCUCUCGCGUCCCGAGAUAUGGAAGAACUUCUGGUUUGGGGUGCCGCCAACGGCGUCACUUUCGACCCGGACAAAACCGAGGUGAUGCACUUCUCUCGGAAGAAGAGCCCCUCCCGGCCCUCCGUAUUCCAAGGCGGCACCGAGAUUGUCCCUGGAAACGCAAUGCGCUGGCUCGGGCUCUGGCUCGACCGUAGGCUCUCCUUCAAAUUCCACGUGGACGAGUGGUCCGCCAAAGCCAGGCGAGUAGCCAACCUCCUCAAAGGCAUCGCAAACACCAAGCACGGCCCUCUUCCGCGCGCCGUCCGCAGAGCAGUCAAGGCAUGCGUCGAGCCGACCUUAUUCUACGGCGCAGAGGCGUGGUAUCCCGGAGAGGUGGCGCCUAGCGUUGCAAACCCGAAUCGGAUCGUGUCCACGCAGGUAAAGCACCUCGUGCUACGUCUGGACAAAGUCCUGAGACACGCCGUUCGAGCUGCCCUUCCUGUCUGGAAGACGACCCCGAUCCCAGCCAUGCACCGCGAAGCUGGCACGCCGCCUGCGUCUAUCGCACUCGCCGCUCAGCAGAUCCGUUUCUCGGCACGCCUGAAGUCUCUCGACGGGCGUCAUCCCCUUGUUAAAAGGGCAUCGUGGAAACCGCCUCGAGCGCGGCACACUCGGAACCCCAGCUCGACCCGACGUGUCAAGCCAGCCUUUCAGUCGAGGCUUCAACGCACCGACCAACUCCUCCCGAAGUGCCAUCGCCCGACGCUCCUGCCGCGCCAGUACUCCGAUACAGAAACCAGCCCUCUUCAGGCUGCAAACAAAACCGAAACCGCUGGUGAUUUCCUUGAUUGGCUUGAAACCGCCGCCGCAGCCACGCUCAUCGUCUACUCCGACGGGUCGCAACUUCCAAACGGCGCCGUGGGAUUCGGCUUCGCAGUACACCGGGAUAAGCAAUCUCUAGUCCAAGGAUCGGGCCGCUUGGGUCCAUCCGAAGUCUUCGACGCUGAGGCAACCGGCGCCCUAGAGGGCCUCCGGGCCGCCCUUCGCCUGGGCGACACAACAAGCAACGUCGUGGUCUGUACCGACAAUCUUGCCGUAGCCAGCUGUCUGCGAGGCAAUCCAGCCGACUCGUCGCAGGACAAGUUCACUAGGUUCCAAGAACUGGCGAGCUCGCACGGAAACGUGCACGUCCGCUGGAUACCAGGACACACCAACAUACCGGGCAAUGAGGAGGCUGACGGCCUUGCCAAGGCAGGCUGUUUGCAGCCCGAACCGCCAGGAGCCAUGCCAUCGCUGGCCCACCUGCGCCGACUUGCGAGGCAGCAAUCGAGAGACGCCUUCAAAGCUUGGUGGUCGACCGAAGCUCCAGAGUCAUACAAGCCUCUGAACCUCGAGGCGACCACAAGCUGCCCCCCGGAGCUGGCGCUCCCCAGAGCAACGCUCCACACUCUCCUAGCGGCGAGAUCUCGCCACGGAGACUUCGCCGACUACCACGAGCGAUUCAAUCAUGACGACGCGCGUCUUGACUGCUCAUGCGGACGACGCAAAGCACCAGAGCACCCAUUCUACUGCAGGAAGGUACCGCCACGGCUCCGGAUGAGGCUGUCACCCUCACCGGCCGAAGCGGUACACCACCUCCUUCUUCCAAAGGAUCUGUCCGCGCCAUUAGGCGAACAACACUCCCUUUCUCCCUUUUUGUUUUCUGUUUCGUGUUUCUCCAAUUUCUGGUCACGGUCGAGUAAAGGGCGUCGCACCGCCCUUCACCCGGCCGAGGCCCUCCGCUCUGGCUGCGCACGCAGCCGGUCAGGAAAAGCCUUCCCAGGCCCAUCAGAAAGAUGGGUGACGACAGCGACGCAACGUCGCAUGCAACUCUACAUCCCGCGGACGGGUGCGAGGCUCCGACGAAAGAGCGCCUUGAGCCGAUGA